AAUGACGAGCACUUCCGGAAUCUCCGGGCAGGUUGGCGUGGUCGGCCUGCUAAAGCCGGCUCCUUGACUCGCGUGCGCGGGCCUGGUUUGCUUGUGGUCUCGCGCGCCUUCGUUUCCCAGCCUCAUGGCGGGGCUGACCCUGUUUGUAGGCCGCCUGCCACCCUCGGCCCGCAGUGAGCAGCUGGAGGAGCUGUUCAGUCAAGUGGGGCCGGUGAAGCAGUGCUUCGUGGUGACUGAGAAAGGAAGUAAGGCAUGUCGAGGCUUUGGCUAUGUCACUUUUUCUAUGCUGGAAGAUGUUCAGAGGGCCCUCAAGGAGAUUACCACCUUUGAAGGCUGUAAGAUCAAUGUGACUGUUGCCAAGAAGAAACUGAGGAAGAAGUCCAAGGAAAAGGGGGAAAAUGAAAAUUCAGAGUCCCCAAAGAAGGAGCUGAAGCCAAAAAAACCCAAAGUGGCUGAUAAGAAAGCCAGGUUAAUUAUUCGGAACCUAAGCUUUAAGUGUUCAGAAGAUGAACUGAGAACGGUGUUUGCUCAAUAUGGAUCUGUCCUGGAAGUAAGCAUCCCCAGGAAGCCAGAUGGAAAGAUGCGUGGUUUUGCUUUUGUCCAGUUCAAAAACCUCCUAGAGGCAGGAAAAGCUCUCAAAAGCAUGAACAUGAAGGAGAUAAAAGGGCGGACAGUGGCUGUGGAUUGGGCCGUGGCAAAGGAUAAAUAUAAAAAUACACAGUCUGCCUCUGCACCAGGUGAGAAGAGGCUUGGACCUAAACAUCAGGAAUUAAGUAAAGAGAAUGGCAGGGAAGAAGAGGAUGGUACAGAAGAGGAAGAAGAGGAGGAGGAGGAGGGGGAGGACAAUAAAGAAGCAAGGGUGACCAAGCCUACACAAAUUCCAAAGAAUUCUGAACUGUGCCAUUGCAGAGCCAUCAAGAAGGCCCCAACUGUAGAGAGCAGCGAGGAGGAUCAUUCUGACGAGGACAGCGACCUGGAGGAAAGCGAUAGCGUUGAUGAUGGAGACGAACUGGCUCAGAGUGACACCGACAGUGAACAGCAAGAGGAUGAAGAUGUACAAGUCUCAAAGAAAAAGAAGAGGAAGUUACCCUCUGAUGUGAAUGAAGGGAAGACUGUUUUUAUCAGAAACCUGUCUUUUGACUCAGAGGAAGAAGAACUCGGGGAGCUCCUCCAGCAAUUUGGAGAUCUCAAAUACGUCCGUGUCGUCUUACAUCCAGACACAGAGCAUUCUAAAGGUUGUGCAUUUGCCCAGUUCAUGACUCAAGAAGCAGCACAGAAAUGCCUUGAAGCUGCUUCUCCAGAGACUGAGGGUGGUGGGCUUAAACUGGAUGGCCGACUGCUCAGAAUCGACUUGGCCGUGACGCGUGACGAGGCUGCAAAGCUCCAGACAAAGAAGGUGAAGAAGCCAACUGGAACCCGGAACCUUUACCUGGCCAGAGAAGGCUUGAUUCGUGCUGGGACUAAGGCUGCUGAGGGUGUGAGCGCCGCCGAUAUGGCCAAAAGAGAACGGUUUGAGCUGCUGAAACAUCAGAAACUCAAGGACCAGAAUAUCUUUGUCUCCCAGACCAGGCUCUGCCUGCACAACCUCCCAAAGGCUGUGGAUGACAAAGAGCUCAGAAAGCUGCUGCUGAAUGCCACACGAGGGGAAAAAGGGGUGCGCCUCAAGGAGUGUAGGGUGAUGCGAGAUCUCAAAGGAGCGCAUGGAAAGGUUAAGGGUCAGUCCCUGGGCUACGCCUUUGCAGAGUUCCAGGAGCACGAGCAUGCCCUGACAGCCCUUCGCCACAUCAACAACAAUCCCGAGAUCUUUGGGCCUCUGAAGAGACCGAUAGUGGAGUUCUCUUUGGAAGAUCGAAGGAAACUUAAAAUAAAGGAACUGAGGAUUCAGCGCAGCCUGCAAAAAGUGAAAUCCAAGCCUGCAACUGGUGAGCCCCAGCAGGAACAGCCAGUGCUUGGAAAAGACCGGCAGCGGAAAGCAGCUCAAAACCACACACAGGAACAAAGCAAGGCCGCCCUGGAGCAGAAGGGAAAGGUGCAUUCUACCUCGUGGACGGGGUUCCAGACCAAGGCUGAAGUGGAGCAGGUGGAGCUGCCUGACGGAAAGAAGAGAAGGAAGAUCCUGGUGCUCCCCUCACACCGAGGCCCCAAAAUCAGGCUCCGGGACAAAGGCAAAGUGAAGUCUCUCCCUCCCAAAAAGCCAAAGCCCCAGAUAAACCAGCAGAAGCAAGAGAAGCAGAAAUUACCUUCCAAGCAGACACCUAGGAGAAAAGCUAAGGGAAAUAAGACUGAAAUCCGCUUCAACCAGCUGGUCGAACAAUAUAAGCAGAAAUUAUUGGGACCUUCUAAAGGAGCACCUCUUGCGAAGAGGAGCAAAUGGUUUGAUAGUUGAUGAUGGUAGCAGACUGGAUAAGAAGCUGGAUUGUGCACUUCCUGGUAAAGCUCCCAGAUCUCCCUCCACGCCCUCAUGUUAUCCUCUGAUAGGACACUCCCUUUCCUACCCAGUUCACCACCACUUUGGUGAGAGGCCCCCUGGGCUCUGCAUGUUUGAACUUUGGGCCCUCCCCGGUGGGUGAUUAGUGAACCACAAAGAGAAAGCUCAGAAAAACAUUUGGAUGCUUCUUGUGUAUUAUUCAGGUUACCGUGUGAAUUGUGUCUAUAACUGUUACUCAAUCCUUUGUUUCUCAAAUGGAAAAAAUUGUAAAGAGCAUUCUUGAGGGGUGAAUUUUUAAGAUGUCUAUUUUGUUAAGGGUCUUCUUUAAAUGAGAUCUUUUGUGGCUUUUUUUAAUAACAAAUGAUCAUUUCUAAUAGAUGUGAAUCCUUUAUUAUUAAUGAACGUUUUUGACUUUCCUCUCAUUCAGUUACAUAGUUCCACAUACUGCAGGCAUUAAGUAAGAAUGGAGAAAAAUGAUUUCCAGCCUAAUCUCUGAGAGAUUGCUCUCUCUCUCCCCCACUUUUCUCCCAGUGACUGGGAAAGUCACUGAGGGCAGUGAGUCCUGGCAGAGAGCAACAUCUGAUCAUUGUUUGCCAGAUGAGUGGGUUAUUAUUAGUAGUUGAGUAGAAAUCAGUCUGCAGUGCCCCCACAGACACUAGCCUAGCUGGUGAUAACCCACAUUUUCUUUCCUCCUUAGGACUUACAGAGGUAAGGUCUGAUGGAAGGAGCUCUGAGCAGGAGGCCUAGGGUCGAGCCUGUCCUGCCCUUAACCUAAAGGGGGGCCUUGAACCAAACACAGACUCUCUGAGCCUUAGGUUUCUUAUCUAUAGCGUAAAGAAUAUAAAGUUUUUCUCUUAUCCUUUUUGGCUCUACUCUUUUUCUAACUCAUUCAUUGUAAUUCAUACUCCUUUUUUUAAAUGUUUUCUUUAUUUUUGCGAGAGAGAGAGAGAGAGAGAGCGAGCAAGCGAGCUCACAGUUUGGGGAGGGGCAGAGAGAGGGAGACAGAGGAUCUGAAGUGGGGUCUGCACUGAGAGUAGUGAGCCCAAUCUGGGGCUUGAACUCCAGAACCGCGAGAUCAUGACCGGAGCUGAAGUUGGACACUCAACCGAGUGAGCCACCCAGGUAGGUGCCCCCAUACUCCUCUUUUAAACUCAGGAUAGAGAUGAUUGGUUACUUCCAAAAUUUUAGAGGUAUCGCAAAAGCUGGGAGGGAUGGCGAAUAAAUACUAGUGUAGAUCCAAAAAGAUCAUGAUAGCCUGAGGAACGGGCUAAACCUGAUAAGGUGAAAAUCACUGGGAACAAACAUAAAUUCCUUCACUUGGGUUCAAAAACCCUACUGCAUAAGUUCUGGUGGGAAAGUCGGGUCCACCGAAUUCACAUUAUGAAGCAACAGUGUGGCUGCCACACUUGUAAUCGGACUGUUUGGCUGUUGUAGUGGAAAUGGGAUGUCUCUGGUGAGUCAGUUGCUAGGCCUCUGGGUUGGCCAGAGCACAUGUGUAAGACAAAUGUGAUGACCAAGUUGGCGAAGGAAAUAAAAAUGUCAGACGGAAAA